AUGGCCCCGGGCCCACCGAAGGCGCUGAAGUCACUCCAUGCGGCCAUCGACCUGGUCUGGAAGGAUCCAGCUCGCAAGGAUUAUGCGCUGAAGGCUGUAGCGGUGCAUGGGCGUGCGUUGCAGUUCCUGUCCACGGAGCUAAGAGCAGACAAGGAGGUCGUCUUGAAGGCGCUGAAAAGCGAUGGCUGGGCUCUUCAGUGGGCUGCCGAGGAGCUCCGAAGAGACAAGGAGGUGAUUUUCAAGGCCCUGAAAAAGGAGGUGCGCUCCUUGCAGUUUGUGGCGGAGGAGCUGCUGAGAGACCGAGACUUCUGCCUCGAUGCCAUCUCUAAAAACGGGUUGGCCUACGAGUUCGCGGAUCCGGAGGUCAAAGCAGACCGCGAGGUCGCCCGAGCUGCUGUGUGUCAGGAUGGUCUUGCGCUGGAGUUUGUUCCGGAGCAGUUCCAAUCGGACCCAGAACUAGUUCUGAGGGCGGUGCAGAACUGCGGCCUGGCUCUUCGCUUCGCCUCGCCGGACCUGCGCGGCAACAAGGGCCUCGUCAUGACUGCCGCGAAGCAAGAUAGCUCGGCUUUCAAGUUUGCCUCACAGGAACUCCAGCAGAACCGUGACGUCUGGCUGCAGGUCUGCCCGAGCCGCUUGGGGCAUUGGCAGAACCGCAAUGAGGUCCUGCAGGAAGUGGAGAAGGAGGGCUUGCUGCUCCAGCUCGCCAACCAGCGCUUGGUCAGCCAGCCGGAGGUGAUGUUCAAAGCGGCUGUCAAAGAUCAUCAUACCCUGCAACAUGCGAGCCCUGAGAUCUGCGCAGACGUGGAUUUUCUGCUGCGCUUGGUCAAAGAGGAUGUGCGUGCCCUGACGUAUGCGGCAGAUGAGAUACGCGCCGACAGAGAGGUUGCACUGAAGGCAACCGCUAUCGACGGCAGCGCGCUGCAGUUCUUCACGCAGGAGCUCUGCGAGGACAGGGAAGUGGUGCUCACAGCCGUGCGGCACACGGGUACUGCCCUGGCCUUCGCCGCCGCGGAGCUGCGGGCCGACCGAGAGGUUGUCCUCGCCGCAAUGGCCCAGAGCCGCACUGCACUGCUCUUUGCGGCCGAGGAGUUACGGCGGGACAAGGCGAUGUGGCUGUACAACGGCGAGGAGCCGCCGGUCUUCGACCCACCACCCGACGAGGAGCAAGAGGCCGCCGAUUCCGCCGAGGCCGCCGAGACCCAGGCAGAGGCUGCCGAGUCUGCCGGCGACGGCCCGGAGAGCCGGGCGGCCGAAGGGGCAGAAGCUUCAGCCUCAACUUAG